AUGAAUAAUGAAGUGCACAAAAAAUCUUAUAGAUUGCCAAAUGAAGUAUACCAAACUGCUAACAUAUCGAAACUUCUUAUUGUUAUAGAAGAUGGUAAAGCAGAUGCUUUCAAAGGAAAGACUCACGAAGAGAUCGAUUUAGAUAUGAAUGAAGAGCUAGAUGAAGAGGUUCGAUUCGGAAAGAGGAACGAUCAAAUACUCGAUUAUGAUUGUAAGCUAAUCGAAACUGUCAACUCUGAUUGCAUUCAACAAAUGCGUAGUCAAAACAAUUUAUCUCAGGCUAGACCAUCCGGUAUUCGGACUUCACAACAAUGCGUCACCGAGCAGAUAACACAGGUAUUAAAUACCAGAAAUAAAAUAAAAACAGGAAAGAAAAGAACAUUAGUACCUUUGACGUCGGAAAAAUUUUUCAAAUUACACAUUAAAAAUAAACAACUACCUAGAAAACAUGAAUGUGAAAUAUUAAAAGAACAAUACGGAGAUUUGCUGGAAAACAAAGACUGGCUUAAAAUUAGAGUUUUUGUGCAAAAUAUUUACUUUCAAAAAUUAACGAAUUAUUAA